GAUCGGGGACAUUAGGAGGAAAGGGGGAGUGCGUAAAACCACACGCAAGGAGCUGCCCUGAGCCACGUGAGAAGUUGGAGUUUUUAGUAGUAGGAAGAAGGAGUUACCCGGAAGUCCUUUCGCCUGGGCCACUCAAGGCUGGGAGGUGACUCGCGCCGAGUGAAACGCAUUAUCGCUUACGAGAGCCUUCCGAAUCUUAACUGGCUUUUAUUAGCACUCAUGGCCAGCUCUUGCCAGCCUGAUGCCUCACUAUCCUUGAGGACCACGUGGGUGACACCCCGCCCCCCCCUCUCUCCCUCCCUUCCUUCCCCACCUACUCACUCCGUCCUCUCCUCGCGCCGCCCCCCUUCGUCACCUCCGUCCCUGCUCGCCCCGCCCCCUUUGAGAACACCCUCCCACCAGUCUGCGCUGACACCUCCUCCCACCAGACAUAUUUAAAUCACCUAGCCAGCGUGAGAAACCGACUAGCUCGCAACCUCCCAGUGAUCCGGGAGCCGAGAGAGGAGGUGGACAAGUGAGCAUCGACGAGCGUGCGAGAGAAGUAUUGUGCUCAGCCCCCACGUCAGGCACGAGGCAACAGAGGCUAAAACUUGCAAAUACCCAUCGCUUUCUCUCGCUCUCGCCCCGUCCGUCUCGACUUCGCUGAAUUUUGUCUCGGUUUUGCGCGAAAAAAGACUUCGUACUUUCUUCUGGGAAGUGUACUAACCCAGAAUAGACUACUUAAGUGUUGUGAAAAAAAGUGCAUUAGGUUACAAUCCUCUCAUCGAUAUGGGACUCUGGUGAACAACAGAAAGAAAAAUGAAUCGCUCUAUGUACGCUACAGUGGUGGUGGUGGUGGCGUUGGUGUUGGUGGUUGGCGUAGUGGUGGAGGCGGCUCCUGCUGGAGAUGGGAGGAUAGAUGAAGGAGGAGUGGCUGCCUUCAGGAGAAGUCUCUACGGGCCUGGAAGAUCACCCGAGCGCCGGGCCAAUAACCAGUGUUCGAGCAAUGCCCGCAAGCAGUACGUGUGCGAACUCUGCGCGAAGCAAACCAAGUCCCUCCAGGUGUACACGCUCUGCUGCGACGGCAUCGACAACGCCCAGACCUGGUGCGAAAGCUUCAUUGGUUUCGGCAUCACGGGCGUCUGAAGCCCCGAGUCCGAUCUGCAGCUUCAACCUCAUCCUCCUCAUCCGCACAAGUUCCUUCCCAACUCACCCAGAAACGAAAAAAGACAAGAUGAAUCUUUGAUGAAUAUUCUAUUUUCUUUCUUCUUCUUCACUCCUCUCCCAGAACGUAUUACUUCCUUUCUUUUUAUAUUUCUUCUCUCUCUCUCUCUCUCUCUCUCUCUCUCUCUCUCUCUCUCUCUCUCUCUCUCUCUCUCUCUCUCUCUCUCUCUCUCUCUCUCUCUCUCUCUCUCUCUCUCUCCCUCUCCCUUCCCUCCGAAUCUCACCCGCUCUCCCACUUGCAAGACGCCAGAAAGACAAGUGAGAUCACGGUAGCAAACCGCAGGCGACGAAGGAGAAUGAAAGACGGAUAUUGGAAGCUAGACAUGGGAUCCCUGAUAAAGAAUGGGAGAUGAAAAGAAGCUCGAGAACACGUGAGAAGGAAUCGGUGAUGCUUUUCUCCGACGGGAAAUCAAGGUCCUCGCAUCUCGAUUUCGUUUCCGUCACUGCUACGGAGUCGUGCUGACGUGCUGGUGACCCAAGCUUAAUGAAGCGGCUUUUGACUGUAUAUCUUAAUCUGCUAGGCCCAUUUUCACUUAUAGAGAAGUCUCUGGUGCAUAUCUAGGAGUGGCUGUCGUUCAAGAGUUCAAAGAUAUACUGAUAUUAGACUUGGUUGAGUGAUAUACACACUUGAAUAUAUAUAUAUAUAUAUAUAUAUAUAUAUAUAUAUAUAUAUAUAUAUAUCUGUGUGUGUGUGUAUACAUGUGUGUGUAUGUGUGUGUGUGUGUGUCUGUGUGUGUGUGUGUGUGUGUGUGGAUGCGUGUAUAAGUCUGCUGCAUGGCAACUCGUGUUCCUGUUGCCAGUUGACGGCAACCACUGUACUAUCUGUAUAAUACCACUGAACAAUGUUCUCUUGACAGUUAUGCCACAGAGCCCAAGCCUUCGAGUAUAUGUCUCUGCAGCAUUUUCAUUUGCCUUGGAUCUUUGAUAUAAUUGCUAUUAUCAUUGUUACCGUUAUUGUUAUUAUUAUCAUUAUAAUUUUAUUAUUAUUAUUAUUAUUAUAAUUAUUAUUAUUAUUAUUUAUUACCAUUAUUAUUAUUAUCGUUAAUAAUAUCAUUACCAUUAAUGUUAUUAUCAUUAUCAUCAUUAUUGUUGUUGCAUUAAUUUGUCAUUAUAACUGGUGUUGUUACCACUGUUUCUGAUAACAUUAUUGUUAUUGUCAAAAUAUGAUUAUUAGUAGUGCAUUUCUAGUUACCAUUAUUAUCAUUAUCAAUGCAACUAUCCCAGUGUUCGCCGAUGGACGCUGUGAUUCGUAGCUAUAAUAUAGAGGCUGAAAUAGAGCUUGAACUAGAGUCUGCUGCAGUGUAGGGUAUAAUAGAGUUCUGAGUGAGGGAAUCCAAGUCCAGAAUGAUAGGUUAAGUGCGAUGUCGAUCCCAGGGUGUGCUAGAUCAGAAUGGCGUAAGGUGAAGAGAUAUAAAUGAGAGGUGUCUUAAAAGUCCAGGAUAUAAACAGUGUAUACAGGUAAGGUCGUGUAAGGUCAAGCAAGGGAGAUUGCAUAUUUUCCAAGUGGCUGGCAGGAUCCUCGCGCCCCUCGUGGUUGCAAUAGAGUCCUGGGUAACACUCCCUUAACUGCAGGUCAAUGCUGUGACCUCGCAUGACCUUGUCCCUCCAACUACCCAAAGCCUCUCUUGAUACUGUAUAGGUUUUAGUUGAUGUACAAAAAAAAGAUAUAGAGUUUUAUAUUUUACUUAAGUCUCAAUAUCGUAUUUAUUCAGUUUGUAUUUAUUGCGUGAGUCCCAAAGUGUCUGCAUGCACAAUGUGAUGUCGUGAAUAAAAGCAGAAGCAGAAUUUAUAUCAUUUAUUAAUAAAAAAAAACAAUAUAU